UAUCAGUUUCAUACUAAGCAGCUGCUUGAAUCAACCUAAAUUUCCUCCACAAUCAAGCAAACUUCUCUCUAUACUUCAUUAUGAGAUUCACAGUUCUCUCCAGCGCAAUUCUACUCGCUGCUGUUAACUUCGGCGAUUCUGCGGCCGCCGCUCUUAAAGACGUGGAUGAUUGCAGCAAAUAUGUUCUACUAUCUGUAAGAGGCACCGGCGAAAAGCAAGGGCCCUCUAUUGGAUUCAAAGGUAUGAUAUCAACCACCCUCAAGACCGUUAAAGGCGGUACCGAGUACGAUGUGGUAUAUCCAGCCAACACAGAUCGCAACUCGACUCAAAUUGGCGUUGAGGACCUUGAAAACUAUAUCCAUCACGGCCUUCAAACUUGCCCCAACCAGAAAUAUGGCAUUCUAGGCUAUUCUCAAGGAGCAACGGUCGCUCUGACAGCAAUUAAAGAUCUCACUGGUACACCCGCUGAGGAUGCUAUUGGGGCGGUGCUUUUUAUCGGCAACCCUUUCCAGGUGAGGGGCCAGCUAACAACCUUCAAUCAAACUGGAGGCGACUCGACCCGUGACUACAACGGGGUACUCCUGUUUACCAAUCCCUCAAUCGGACUAUCAGAGCAUUGGGUAAUCAGCGGAAAAGCUUUGAAUAUUUGUGAUGACGGCGACUCGGUCUGCACCGGGGUGGAUCAGCUUCCUUCACGACCACAUUACCUUUAUGGAUUCACAGCUACGGUUCAGAAACUAGGUGCAGAACACCUCGUUUCCCGUUUCAAGUAAGAGCAAUAUAUACGGCAUUUGAAACAAGGAAAGCAGACCUUUGGCAGAACGGUUCUAAAUGAUUUGAGGAAGUAGUGAGUUUCCAGGAAGCAAGACUGCUUUGUUUUCUGUUUUGGUUAGUGUGUAGUGUAGCCUUAGUAUGACUUGAGCAACC